UCAGCAGAGGCAGCCAGGCCAAGGGAGGCCUCCGCGCCCGGCCCGCAAUCGCCGCCGCCAUGUGCACGGGCAAGUGUUCGCGCCUGGUGGGGCUCUCCCUGCUCGCCAUGGCCGCGGCCUGCGUGGUCGCCAACCUCCUCCUGAUGUUCCCCAACUGCGAGCGGGGCUGGACGGCCCACAUCACCUUGCAAGUCUGGCUGCUGGGCGGGCUCCUGGGCGGGGGCCUGAUGGUUCUGUGCGCCGGCUGCUCGGUGGUGCGGGCCGGAGGGAAGGGCUGCUGCGGCUACGGCUGCUGCGGGAACCGGUGCCGGAUGCUGCGCUCGGUUUUCUGCUCCGCCUUCGGGGCCCUGGGCGGCUUCUACUGCCUGACGGUGUCCUCGACAGGCCUGGCCGAGGGGCCCUUGUGUGAGACGGCAGAUGGCGCGUGGAGGUCGCCCUUCAAGGAGCUCGGCCAGAGCUACCUGAGCAACCAGACUCUCUGGGAGCAAUGUGUGAACCCCCCCAACGUGGUCCUCUGGAACAUCGUUCUCUUCUCCAUUCUGCUGGUGCUGGGUGCCCUAGAGAUGGUGCUGUGCGGCAUCCAAGUGGUGAAUGGUCUCCUGGGGACGGUGUGCGGGGACUGCCGCAAAGCAGCUGACCGUGAGGGCGAAGGCCUGUGAGUCUGUGGGGGAUGCGAAUGCCUUCUUUAGGACCACCACCACCACCACCACCAC